UUCAGUUCGUCGUUACGCGUCGGUCAGUUGAGCAGAGAUCAGACGCUGGUGUCGGACCUGUGUUGUGGUUGUCGGUCAGAUCGGAUAAUGAUGAUGAGGUUGAUGGUGAUAAAAGGUUUGUUCGCUCUGCAGCUGCUGCUCGUGACUGUGGUGAGCGCGAGAGACGCGCGUGGUAAUGCAUUGCGUGAUGAAGAGUGGCUGUCCAGCGUCCAUCAGUACCGCCGCACCGUCAGCCGCUGGAACCGCUUCAAAGACGAGGUUGAGGAUGAUUACAUCCGAACACUGGAGGGUCCACAUGCCUCUGAUGAAAGUGUGGACACAACUAAAGACCCAUGUGUGAACGUCCGCUGUAGUGGUCAUAAAGUGUGUGUGGCUCAGGGAUAUCAGAGAGCAAUGUGUGUCCACCGCAAGAAACUCCAGCACAGAGCGUCUGAACUGAAGCCUCAUAGAAACAACUGUAAAGUCUGUUCAACACCCUCUGCUGGACCUGUGUGUGGAUCAGACGGACACAGUUAUGCCUCAGAGUGUAAACUGGAGCAGGAGACCUGUUGGUCUGGUAAAGGUGUGUCUGUACUGUGUUCUGGUUCAUGUCCGUGUAUCAGUGCUGGAGUUCAUAAACCAGAACCAAAGAUCGAGACUGAAACUUCCACUGAACCCAAAGCAGAGGUGUGCACAAGUCAGGAUUUGGCUGAUCUGGGUGACAGACUCAGAGACUGGUUUCAGCUGCUUCAUGGAAACUCAAAACAGAUCCGAGCUGAUGGACACAGAGGAACAGACACAGGGCUGGAGUCAGGUCUGGUGGCCGGCUGUAAAGACUCCAUCGGUUGGAUGUUUUCAAAAUUGGACACCAGUAAUGAUCUGUUCCUGGAUCAGUCAGAGCUGGCCGCUAUAAACCUGGAGAAAUAUGAGGUGUGCAUCAGACCGUUCUUUAACUCCUGUGACUCGUACAGAGACGGUCGAGUGACCACAGCCGAGUGGUGUCUGUGUUUCUGGAGAGAGAAACCUCCAUGUUUGGCUGAAUUUGAGAGGAUUCAGAUACAGGGCCCAUCAAAAAGAAUACCAGGUAUGUAUAUCCCCAGCUGUGAUGAAGAUGGUUACUACAGGAAACUUCAGUGUGAUCAGAGUCUGGGUGAGUGCUGGUGUGUGGAUCCACACGGAACAGAGGCCACCAGGUCGCGUAUCCAUGGAAACCCAGAUUGCGAUGAGCUGGUGAGCUCUGGAGAUUUCAGCAGUGGUGUCGGAUGGGAGGAUGAGGAGGAGAAAGAGACGGAGGAGAAGGGAGAGGAGGAAGAAGAGGAGGAGGUGGAGGAGACUGAUGAUGCUGGAUACAUCUGGUAAAACAUCAUCACCAUCUUCAGAGGAAACCCCACAGCCACACCUUUCUUCAGUUUCAAUCCAAUUUCGGUGUCUGUAUCAGAACUCUUCAUCUGUCUGCUGGAGUUUCAGAGCUCAUGAUGAAAGCGAUGGAUCCAUUUAUGCUCAGGAUGGUUUAGUCUGAGGAUCUGUCCACAGACACGUACAGUGCUUUAUCAUAAACAGGGUCUUGUGUUUUGUUUGAGCUACAUUACAUGAACUUGAUCUUAAAGGAAUAUGAAGCUGGUUUGUAGAGUAUUGCAGUGAGUUUAAACACAGAUUCAUCAUCAUUGUAUAUUUACACGACAGAUCUAGAAACAAAUAGGGUGAGAUCACAUGUACAUAUCAAUGCUCAAUAUCACAAAAGAUGAAUGAUCAUAUUUUAGUCAUUUCAGAAAGUUUUUGUUUGUUUGAUUCUGAUUUAAAGAGACACUUCACCCAAGAAUGAAAAUUCUGUCAUCAUUUCCUCUUCUCCCAGUUGUUCCAAAUGUGUAUGAAUGUCUUUGUUCUGAUGAACACAGAGAAAAUAUUUGGAAGAAUGCUUAUAACCAGACAGAUUUGGCCCCCCAUUGACUCCCAUAGAAGGAAACUUACUUCUAUCAUUUUUUGAAGAUAUUUUGAAGAAGCAUUCUUCCAAAUAUUUGUCUCUGUGUUCAUCAGAACAAAGACAUUUAUACACAUUUGGAACAACUUGAAGGUGAGCAAAUUAUGACAGAAUUUUCAUUCUUGGGUGAAGUGUCUCUUUAAAUAUAAUAUGACUUUAAUGUAGUGAACACAGACGAGUGUUAGAACUGUGAAACAUCAUCAGUGAUCUUAAAACACUGCGUGUGAUUAAUCAUCACGAAACACAGACGAGGAGUUCAAAUGUAAAAAUUUCACAUCUCAUUCUGAUAUUUCAUUUGAAACCUUUAGGAAUUCUGGAGUGACUCCAGUUUAUUGAAUGUAAACACGUAAACACAACAUUUGCUGAACGUUUGGAGAACACUAUAAAAUACAAUACUAGUCUACUUACUUAAAAUGAUAGUCACAUGACCUUACAUUGCAUUGUUUUAAUAUAAUCAAUACAACAAUUUUGUGUAAAAUUGGCUUGAAUUCUGUCAGAUCAAUUAAACUCUGUCAUGUUCACAUCAGCAUACUUACUAUCUCAGUUUCUGCUGUACAUACUACAUAGUAUGUCAUUAUUAACAGUAUGCAAAUGUUGUGUAUGCUGUUGAGUGACAGAAUCUGUUUUUAUCAUGUCAUUGAACUGGCAAAUAUGUGAAAACAUUUUACACCGGAUUCAGAAUGCAAAUGACGUAUAUUUUAGAGAUUAUAAAUGCUCAGUGGAACAGUAUGAUCAUGUGUGUAUUGUUCAUUAAAUAUAGUUGGCAGUAGUGUAUACUCUGCAGUGUGCAGUAAGCUAGUGUGAGCAUCAGAAAUCAUGGGAGAGAAUACUUUUGGUCCAAAUAGAAUGCAUUGCAUUGUGGGAUACAGUGUGUCAAUAUGCGUAUGAUCACACAAAAACAUUUGUAUUUGUGUUACAAUAAAUUUAAACAUUCAUAAAUUC